ACAAACUACAAUUUCAUACAGACAGUGAGUUAUUUAUACUGCUCUAUAUGCAGUGAAAUGUAAGUACAAUAUUUAUAUUCCAAUUGAUUUGGAAAUGAGAAAGUAAGUAAUUUUUCAAUACUAGUGUGAUGUGACAGUUUUGUAUUUUUGUGUGUGAUUUUGUAAGCAAGUAGUUUUUAAGUGAAGUGAAUUUGGGGUAUGCAAGACAAAUCAGCCUCCUGAAUGGUGUACAGUAGUCUGGAAAAGUUGAGAGCCACUGCUCUAGAGAACAAUCAGGCCCUCUACUUAAAGUAAUAUUUUAAUAGUUUUACAAAUAAAAAUUCACUAUCAAAAUUAUAGGACACCACCUGUUUUGAUUACAGCAGAGCUCCAUAAGGGAAGCACUUCUGAGAAAUUCUGAAUGUAUAUUUGUGCUUUAUCGGAUGAAUAAGUUUUAGUAAAUGUGAGGUGUCUGGGAGUGCACAUGUGUGGUGUUUACUUCGGAUGGGUCUAUGUGUCUGAUAGGUGUACAUAUGGUGUAUGAAACAAAUGGAUGAAAGGAUGUAUAUAUAGGAGUGGAUAGAUUUGUGUAGGUGGUUAUGUAUAAAAAUUCUAUUGUGUAAGGAAGUAUGUGUGGGCAUGAAUGAGUCAAAAUACGUGUGUGUUGUAAUUGAUGCAUGUGGUGGAAAGAAGUCUUCCAAAGUUCUAUUUCCAAAUGCACUGUGCUGUACUCUCCCGUGAGGGAGAGGGUCCUUCUCGGAAGGUCCAUAUAUCACGUCCCUGUCAGCUGCAUUUCCCUGGAUACUAAGCUGUAACUUUCAAAGCAACAGAAACAAAACUUCUGAAGAUCCUCCUUUCUCCCCUCCUUAUUGGACAAUGUAAAUCAGAGCUUUUUAAGACCAGCUAUGUCUGUUGUCUGUAUGAGUUAACUGGGCAAUGGAGCACGGAUUAGUAACGGAAAGAGGCAUGCUUUAUUUCUAGCUCUCCUUCCAAUCUCUCCCAGUAGAUCAGUGAGGCAGGGUCUUAUUAGCUACAUUUGACAGUUCCCUUUGCAACGGUUAUUAACUAACUUAUUUCAAUUUGGACCUCCCACAUUUAGGAUUUAGCAUUUGGAAAUUUGAUCGCAGUUUUUAUUUAUUUAUGAGCCUCAUUCUCUCUUUUGCUAUUACCUUUAUUUACCGUUGGGGGAGAAGGAAUAUUUAUUGUAUUAAUUUCCUUGGUGGAGGAGGCUUUGCAUAUUUUUGGCCUAUAUUUGUGUUCCCCUUCAAACCCCCCCCCCCAAAUGCAGUGGCUUUUGUAGCAACUAAACUCUUAAAACUAGGUAAUUUUUCAAUAGGCUAUUGGUGUGCAUUUGUGUCUUUUAUUUCCAGCAGCAAGAUGUUACUAGACACAGAGACAAGGAAAGCCAGCAUCCUAGCCUCACUCCAGGCUCUGGGGGAGGAUUCUGCAAAUGGGAGAAACAGGAGGAAUCACAGAAGAAAGCUCAUCUCUGGUCCAAGUCCUACUAUGUGUGGCUGCCUUCCCCCAGGAAAACUUCUGCAUGGAUCCAGAUUCACUGAUAGAAUCCUCCAAAGGGGAAAUCUCACAGGAUCACUGGCUCUGGAAAGGGUGAAACUGACAAAAGCAAAGCUGGGGAAAAAGUUCCGAAUUCCUAAAGGCAAAGGAGACAGCAGAUGGGCACUUUCCCAAUCUCUGCAGGAGGUCAUGUCCUCUGCCCAGGAAGACCAGGCAUGCUUUCAGGAAUGGCUGCAUGAAGGAGGGCUUUUUGCUUCUAUCCAGUCGUCUGCUGCUGCUGUCAUCACUCAUUCCUCACUCAAUCCAAAUCUUCUGUUCAGAUUUCAGAAAGCUGCUAAAAGCAUUGUUAUGCUUUGCUUACUUUACAGAGAGCACCACCUACUAGCCAACCUCAACUAUGGGAUUGAGAGAGUCAAGAGAUGGAAAUCCCAAUUAAACCACAUGGAACAGUCUAAGGAAGAGAUCCUCUUUGAUGUGACAUUGUUCAGGGCUAAAAAACAGUCAAGGAUCUCUGAGCGUGCCAUACAUAUUCUUCGUCAGUGUCCUCAGGAGCGAAGUGAGAAGGACAUCAGCUACAUAUUAAUCACCCUGCAGCCCGUGAAGGCCUUUGGAAAUUACUCCACAAUGAUUCAGAAGAAGGUGGCAAAGGCUGGAUGGUAUUCAAGGGAAUCUGUCCUUUCUAGGUAUGAAUCCUGCCAAGUGAUGAUCCAACAGGGCUACACACCACACUCCUUCUAUAUCUGUCUCUCAGGAUCUGCGACAGUUAUCAAGAGGAACAAUGACAGUGGCCAAGUAAAGCCUGCCUGGUUCUUUAGCCGAGGGGAUGCAUUUGGGGAUAGAGAGAUUAUAAAUGGUGACUACUGGCAGACAACUGUUAUUAUUCAGGAACCAGCUGAGUUUCUCUGUAUUGACCGAGAGGAUUUCAUCAAGAUUUUCCUGUCUGGUGGGAAAAAAGUGUUUGGAGAUCCUGAGCAGAUGCGGUUUCUGAGAAGUCUGCACUAUUUUAAAGGUUGGCCCAUCAAUCUGCUGGAAGACAAUCCUGGAAAAUGCAUUAUCUGUCACUAUAGAAGAGGAACCGUCAUUCUGAGAAACAGUAGUGUGACUGAAUGGAUUUACAUUGUGAAAGAAGGAAGUUGUUCUGUAUUGAAGAUUUUUAAAGAUGACUCUUGCCUAAGCAACAGAGCUCCCACGAACAGAAUAAUGCAAGCUGAAGUUGGCAUUCACAAAUCUUUGUUGACAAGCAGGACAGAGACUCCUGUGAUCAUUGCCAUAGACACCCUGCUGCAGGGAUCUGUGUUUGGACUGUUAGACUUUUUUUUUGAGGAUCAGCCAAAUUUGUGUGUAGUUAGCAAUGGAGCUGAGUGUCUUAAGAUCUCAAAGAAGUUUUACCUGCAUCAUGCCUCCAAAGAUCUUCUGCAGAGGCUACGAAAAAAAGAACGUUCCUAUCCCAGUGAUGCAGAGCUAAAGGAACAGCUGCAGCAGGAGAUACAAUGGCAGAUUUUUCGCAAAGCAGCUUUAAAGAGCACAGUUCAACAGAUUGAAUUGAAACGCAAACUGCUUCAACAUUGCUAUAUGAGUAAAGGGCUUUACCCAUGGUGUAAGAACUGACGUGUACACAAAUUUCUGUCAACAGUGGAGCUAUAAGAUACCAGUGAGUACCCACUAAAGCGGCAAAAAGGUCCAUCUCGAUGCCAAAAUCUUGUGAAAGAAGGUGGUAUUAAAUCAGGCCUGUAGUUUCUUCAAUUUUAGGGUAGGCUACAAUGGUGAAAACUCUCAGGGAACUGUCUUUCCCUGUAUUUCUUAAAUAGUUAAAACGCUCUUUCCUUCAUGUUAACUCCAUGACAGACAUCAUCUGUUUUUGAAUGAUUGGUACAUGUGCUCAUUGGUAUCUGUACCAUUCUUCUACCCAACUCCUAUCAACAGGUGAAGGAGCAUGAAGUAAGUUUCUUCUAGAUAAUUAAUACACCCUGACUGGGAGUGUCAUAGCAGCUGUUAUCUACUGAUGGUAUGCACUUAAGUAUGAUUGAUUGGAUUAUAAAUGACACUGCUUAUUUGCUGAUGCUAACAAUAGCAUAGUUAGCCUUUUUGUACAAGGGACACCACACAAGUCUAUUAUUCCACCAGGGAGAGAAAUCAGGAAAAAACCCUACAGGGAAGAGUCAGAAUAUUUGCUGCUGGAGAAAAUAGUGCAUGAAAAAUGCAGAAUUUGCUGUAGUGAAAAGCAGUAGAAUACUAUUUUAGACACUUAGAAGUUGAAUGAAGUUGUGGAAUUCUAUAGUCUAUGUGAACGAACAGGAUGACAGCCUUGAAAAAACAGCAAAGAAGCUGAUAUCGUGUUGUCACCACCCUGGGUUUUAUCUUUAAAAUAAACCGCCUUAAUUAACCUUUUCAAUUGUAGGUUAUUUCUUUUACUGCUAGCUGAUUGUUUUAUAUUUUCAAACAUGUCAAAAUCAUGCUUUAGUGUAUGCAGCUUAAUUGAAUCAGAAGUAUAUUCCCACCUCCAGUUACUUGUUUACUUAAAA